CUCUCAGGGCCCUGUGUGUGUGUUGCAGCAUCACUGCUGGUCUGUGUACAGUGAUGAUGGUGAAUGGGUGAACGCGGGCGGCUGUGUUCAGUGAUGGGGAUCAGUGUGUUCGGGGGAGCCGCCGGUCGGACACACGGCGCCGGAUCCGCGGAGGAAUGAGCUCCGGAAAACACUUCAACACGUGAUUUUACCGACAGCACAGCGGCGGCUCUCUCUGUGUGUGUUUAUCCUUCUUCAGGGAAAAGAAGAGCACGAGGAGGCAGAAACCUGAGCUCGGACUGAAACCCGGCGUCACCGGUUUCCUGCUUCAGAGCUGAGGGACUGAUUAUUACCUGUAUCGAUAAGUUUCUGCAGAUAUCGGAUAAUCGCUCCGAUAGAGCCGGCGUGAUUCUCCAGUUCCUGCAGGCGGAGAACACUUGAGGAUCACGGUGUGGAAGAGGAUCUUUUCCGCUCCCUCGUGGCAGGAAACUGAAGACCACAAGCCUCUGUUUACCAAAGGGAACUGACAAUUCAUUUGGGCUCUGGCACCUGGAUGAUGAACUCCAAAUGACGUCUCCUCCAGGGUGUGUGUCUCUCCCUGGUGGAACCAUGCAGCUGCUCUAGGGGGGUGGGGGGUCACCCCGUUCCACCAUGAAAGGCUACACCCCCCAGCGCUCCCGCCACCUCUCCGACUGUGAGCCCCCUCGCUCUCCCGCUCACCUGGACCCCCUAUACCCCCCCUCUGCCUCCUCUACCCUCUCCCGCACACCCUACCUCCUCCCCGGAGCCAUGGAUCAUUACGGAGUGCUGGAUCCCCACCAUUUCUCCCCUGCCCCCAGUCCCGGCGGUCUCCCCCCAGACUGCCUCCUUCCCCUUAACAACCAGCUCUCCUCCAGCAGCACCUUCCCCCGCAUACACUACAACUCCCACUUUGAGCAGGGCGAUUUCUCACCCCCUGGUGGAGACAGCAUCGGGGGCAUCAGCACGGGAACGCUGGGCACCUCCAUGUCCAUGGGCAUGGGGAUGGGCAUGGGGCUCGGGGUGGGACGCACCACCAUGAUCACCAGUGGAUCUGCAACCAUAUCAGGAGCAGGGAAGAUGAACCGGUUGCCACCCAACCUCAUAGACCAGUUUGAGAAGCAGUUACCGGGGCAACGGGACGGUUUCAGCACGUUACAGUUCCAUCGGAGCACAGCCGUGGAGACGACCAAACAGCAGCAGCAGCAGCGAACGGACAGCCCUGGGAAAAUCCGCUACCUUGUCCAUUCUGUCCAAAAACUUUUCGCCAAGUCCCAGUCGCUGGAAAGCUCUGCUGUCAAAGGCAACAUGAACGGGCGCUCGGGCGGCAGCAGUAGCGAGGACAAACAGCACCGGCGCAGCAAAAGCAAAGACCGCGCCAAGAACGAGGGCACGGCCAAACGCCGGCCACGCUCCAACAUGUCUGGCUACUGGAGUUCCGAUGACUUGGACAGCGACAUCAGCAACUACAGAAACCCUAUGGCCAUGAUGACCCUCGGCCGGCAGGGGGGGUCGGGGCUGGACAGCCAAGCGGCUUCCAAGUACCUGAUGCACGGCUACAACACCAUCAGCGAGCACACCCUCAAAGUCUCAAAGAGUAACAACGACCUAAAGCACCAGGGGCUCCCUGCACUCCCAGGCCCAGGGGGAGGUGGAGGAGGAGGAGGGAGAUCAAUGAUGGUGGAGGGAAACUUUGGAAAGAGUGGACCCUGGUCUACUCUUACACUGGGACCUAGCAGACAGAUGUGCCAGAAAGGUUCGGCCACGCUGGACCGAUCUAUGCUCAAAUCCAAGUCCUGCCAUCAGGAGCUGGCCUGCCAUUACCUACAGGUGCGAGGCAGGAUGCCCUCCACGGGUGAGUGGAGUGGGACUCUAGGCCGGACUGGGGGUCCAGGGGAGAUCCCCUGCAGGCGGAUGCGCAGUGGCAGCUACGUGAAGGCCAUGGGGGACCUGGAGGACAGCGACGAUUCGGACAAUAGCCCAAAACCCUCACCCAAAUCCGCUGCCCGCAGACAGAGCUACCUACGGGCCACGCAGCAAUCCCUUAGUGACCAGUUCCCUUCCAGAAACCGUCCGCUGGACUAUGCAAUGCUACAGGGGGAUCUAGAGGCCCUCUGGUCUCCCCUCCACAGCAUCGCCACCCUGCAGCAGAUUGGACGCUCCAUAAGCUGUCUUCCAUCUCUGCGUGAGUUCUCGGGUAAUCGCAGUCUGGAUAAUCUGGACUGUAUAGGUUCAGGGAGUUCACCGUUCCCCCGCUGGGAUGACGACGACUUCAGUCAGAGUUGCAGCACACUCGGACGCAACAGCUGCAUCAGCCAGGUGCGGGACUCGGACCUAAACCAACGCUAUGGGGAGGAGUCCUGUUCGGAGUCUGUGUUUGGAGACACACACCCGCACACCCGCUCUCACUCCCGGGCGGACGAGCUUCCGGACAUGCCCACGCCCACGUGCUUCCGCUCCCGUAGCCAUAGUUACCUCCGCGCCAUCCAAGCUGGUUGUUCCCAAGAUGAUGACACAGCAUCCGUGGAUUCAGACUCCCCGCCUCCCACGGCAACAACCGUCCGCACCUACAGCACCAGCACCGUCUCGACGUGUAUAACUACGUGUAAGAAGGUAGCUCCUCCCCCUGUGCCCCCUCGGACCACCUCCAAACCCUUCAUCUCUGUAACGGUGCAGAGCAGCACCGAGUCAGCCCAGGACGGAUACCUCGACAACCACGACCGCAAGAGCGAGGUCAACAGUCAGUCAGGCCACAGCAACUCCUCCGACAGCCUCGACAGCACACGGGCCAACAGCCUGGCCAAAGGCUCGCGGCCGCAGCUGCCUGUGGCAACCCCUCGCGAGCCGCAGAUCCCCGCAGCAGUGGUGGUUUGUCCCGAGGCCCCUCGAGAGCACCACAAUGAGCAGGUGAAGGGGGUCGGUCUUGCAACGGACGAGCCGAGAACAGAGCACGUACCUCGUCGGAAACUCUCGUCCAUUGGAAUACAGGUGGACUGCAUCCAGGAAAUCCAGAGUCGAGUGGAGACGCCGCCGUUGGCCAGAUUUCAGUCGAUCGGAGUGCAAGUGGAGGACGGCUGGACGCUCAGCCGCUCCAGUAGCAUGGCCUCUAAGCAGGAAACUGACUCAGACACACAAGAUCUCUCGCUUACUUCUGUCACCACCAUCACGUCCAACAACGCCUGCAGACCCACCGAGAAGAAAGUCAUGGUCAACAGCGCUAGCCAAUCAGUGGACUUCUCCACUCAACUCUCCCUCGACAACGGUAGCCAUGAUGACGAUAUCGUGGUGACCAGCGGGCCCUCCCGACAGCUUCUGACCAACCGAUCGACGACGAGGAGUAGUUCUUCCUCUUUCUCAGAGAGUUUAGACCCCGCCCUGGACCCCUCCUCACUACCCCCACCAGACCCCUGGUUGGAGAGCGGGAACGGGACGGGGAACGGAGGUCCCACACAAACGACGUCAGGCACGAUGUGCAGGCGGGAUGGUCACUGGUUUCUAAAGCUCCUGCAGGCGGAGACGGGGCGGAUGGAGGGAUGGUGUAAGCAGAUGGAUGAGGAAACCAAAGAGCACCAGCUCUCUGAGGAGGUGCUAGGUAAAGUCCGCAGUGCAGUAGGCAGUGCUCAGCUCCUCAUGUCUCAGAAGUUUCAGCAGUUCAGAGGGUUGUGUGAUCAAAAUUUGAAUGUGAAUGCUAACCCCAGGCCCACAGCUCAGGACUUGGCAGGAUUUUGGGAUUUGCUGCAGCUCUCUAUAGAAGACAUCAGCUUAAAGUUCGAUGAGCUCUACCAUCUCAAAUCCAACGACUGGAAACUGGACAGAGAUUCACCCGACAAACAGGAGAACCAGAAGCAGGCUCCUCCUGUGCCAAAGAAGCCUGGCAAGGGUAAGCCAGUCCUGGGACGAGAGAAGAGCGGAGAGGCGGCGGAUAAACAGAGGCAGGAAGCUCGCAAGAGGCUGAUGGCGGCCAAGAGAGCCCAGUCUGUCAAGCAGAAUUCAGCGACGGAGAGCGCAGACAGCAUCGAGAUCUACGUCCCUGAAGCACAGACACGGCUGUGACAGAGAAGAAGAGGAGAUGAGCAGGUUGAACACCUGGAGCAGGCAGAGGCGUCUACAGGAAAGGCAGAGAGAGAAGAUCUGAAAGCGUGAGGAACAAAUCUGCUCCAGCAUAAAAUGCUGCUUUAUCAGGUGGCAACGUAUAAUCAUGAAAGGAGAGACGAGAGAAAGAGUGGAAAUUACGGACAAGACACAUGAAAAGCUCUUUUCAGAGACUGCCAAGGAAAACCUCACACAGACUUUAUUGUUAGUACAUUAUUAUUAUUAUUAUUAUUAUUAUUAUUAUUAUUAUUGCAAUUGUUAUAAUUGUUAUUGAUAACGAUAUCACCUAAAUUCUAUAUCAGACUGUUUUAAAUGUUCUAAUAUCUUGGAUAAGAGAUCUUCUAAUAUGUGGGCUUAAAUAGUCACACUUAUUUUUUUCAUUACUUAUUUACUUAUUUCCCCCCCACUGCCCCACCCAGUAAAAACAAUCUAAUCUGUAGUUUGCGUAGAACACACACGCUUACACACAGUUGCUCAGAGGAUUCUUGAUGGUUUCUGUCCUCUCUGAAAUAUUUGUCUUCCCUUUUCUGCAUUUCUUUUCUUUGUUUCAUUCUUUCUUUGUUCCAUUUCCAUGCUUGAUAGAGCUAUAGACGCUCCAUCUGUCCUCAUCUAACCCCAGGAUAAAAGUGAAGACAAGAGGAUGAGCAAAAGCCUGUAGUGCUCUUUUUUUUUUAUCACAUCCUGCUGUUGUGACAUUUAUGUGCUGUGUUACCGUGCACUUGCGCACAUAUAUACACACACGCUUACAAAGAAAGUGUGUCUAAUAUUCCCUAUUAAAACAUUAGGAAAAUAAUCAAAUCUGUAGAAAUUCACAUUUUGAUGGGAAUUAGAUGCCCUGCAUUCAGGAGACUAAGAGUUGACUAACUCUGGGUUUACACUAGAGGAUAACAGAGUGACAAGCUACCACUCAUUUCCUAUGGGAGUAUGUGAUUGAGAUCGAGAAAAAAUUGAGAUUUUCUCAGUUUUAUGCAAUUAUACAUUGUGAUGCAUUGACACAAAGUUUUACAUUUUCUGACCAAUCAAAGACACAUAGGACUCCAGCUUCUCAUCCUUUUCUUUAUUAUUAUAUUAUUGGUGUCUGGUGGGUUGGUUGCUCAAUAGAAAGCUUGCUAGAUUAGCCAGCAUGCUAAUAGGUGACGCCGAUGCAAACCCACACAUAGUAAUGCAAGCAGCUUCGAACAGACCCACAAGAAACAAACUUGGGGCAACGUGAGCGACUUAUCGCCUGCAAGUGUGAACACAGGGUAAUAGAUCACCAGUAGCAAGACAAUAAAACAUGCCAGGAGGAUAACCUAUAACAAAAUCACCAUUGCAUAAAUACCAAAAACAUGCAUUGCUGUCAGUGAAAGUGUGUCACUUCUGCUUAUUGAUGAUAAAUCCCAAUGUUAUUCUAUUAAGUAUCAAAUUGAAUGUGUCAACUCCAUGGUCUUAAGUCUGAUUUAUUGGAGUGUGAAUUCAGAGACGUGCACACAGUCUGUAGCCCUGGUUAGCACAACUACAUUUAAGACUCAGGUCCAGAUACUUUUUUCUACCUGUAGCUCACCCUUUACUGCUCACUGCUGCUGCUGCUGCUGUGGACUGACCACAGACUAAAAACCACUAUCAGGUUGGUGUCCUGUGGAGAGGGAGUGUGAAGUGAGACUUCUCAGUUAUCUGUAAACCACUACGUGAUUUUCUCUGUAGGACUCAAGUUACACUUCAGUAACGUUUUUUCAGGCCAGUCUGAAUGGGUUGUGGGUUUUUUCAACCAUUAUAAUGUUCAUUUCUCCCAAUAAUACCAACGCAGCAACAGUUCUCGUCUGCUGAUUUUCAUUUUCUUUCACUGAUGAUUCUGAUGAGUUUUGGAGCUCCUGUGGGAUUUUUCAGCCAUUAAAAUCCUAAUUUUCUCCCACUAUUAACACAGUAACAGUUCUCUUUCCUGUUUUACAGCAAGAUCAAAACUCAGGACCAACAAACAGUCAAUGUAGACGAGUAGUAGAUGAGUAGAAAUAGCGCAUCUCUGUGGUAUAUUUUGGCACUGCAGUCAGUAGACAUCAGUUUUUUUUCUUUCCUUUUUUUUCUUUUUCUCCAUGUGUUUUAGCUAAAAAUGCAAUUACUCAUUUACAGUAAAAAUACCAAGAUGUUAAAAAAAAACUUUUGUCAUCUUGCAGACUUCUGUGCAUUUUUGGUUGCAAUCACAAGCUGUUAUUUAGUUGUUGAGGAAAUACAGUGCAAAUACAGUACAGGAAACCUGAUGAGCACCGUUUUAGGAAUUGUGGAGCAAAAAUGACUCUGAUGCAAUAUAUAUUUUUUUUUAUUAAAUUAAAUGAAGUGCCCCAAUUCUUACAUCAUAAUAUUAAUUUAAUCAUUCAGCACCAUUAAUACUAUUGUCAAAUUAAUGUAAUGAUUUGACAAUUAGUUCUCUCAUCUCUACUGCUUAAUCAGAAGUAUACAGUUAUAUCUCUUAAGUAUUUGGACAGUCAUGUAAUUCUGCUUCUGUUCUCAUUGGAUUUUAAAUUUUAGUCAUGAUCUUCAACCAUUUGUUUGGUACAUCAUCUCUAUAUUUUCACAAGCUCAAAAGUAAUGGGACUGUUUACAAUAAACAGCACCAUGGCUGGGUGUGCCUUGGUGUUGAUUUUAAGUGUUGAAUUUACAUUUGGUAGCCAUUAUUGAGAACUUUCAUUAUGUGUUUCAAAGACGUGUUGCUGCAGGACAUUAUUAGGUUGAACACACCAAAAGGCCUCGAAAUGCUUUGAAAGACCAUUAAAGAAAAAAAAGAAAAAAACUUGCACUGUUUAAAGUAAAUGUUCCUUUCAGUCGUUUAAUUUGUACAGGAACUGUAGAGGAACCGCUUAAGGUGCAUUGAAGAAUUUUGCCGAAAAGGGUUUUAGAAGAAAAAGAAGAAAAAAAGUUACCUACACAGCAACAUAAUGGAUUUCUCCACAGUUUAAAAUAAAUAAAAAAAGAAAAGUCAGAAACAGCAGAGGACAUAGGGAGUAUCAUUCUUAACUCCUACAACCAAGGUAUGAACCAUGAGUUUAAAAAUAAAAUCAUUACUUAAAGAUGAGGUGAGCUUGUGGUAAAACUUCAUACAGGAAAGAACAGAUUACACUGAUUGAAAAUAAAUAAAUAAAUAAAAGAUUUUUUUUAACUGAAUAUGGAUAAGGGGGGAAAAAAAUUAAGCCAAAUUCAUCAACAUCUGUCAAACACGGUGGAGGAAAUGUUGAGGCAUAAGGUAUGUGAGCUACAGCAUUUGUGGUUGCUAUUGGAACUUGAUAUUCAGCCAAAAGCUGCAAAGAAUAUCAAGAAUAUUCAGACAUAAACUGACAUAAUGGACAAUUUUGUUGUUAGCAAAAUGAUUGAGGUCAUAUGCAUUAUAUUGAAGGAUAUGUUGAUGACAUAAAUUAUUGUGACAAGUCUAUACACAGUACAGAUGAGUAAUGACCCCAAAAAUACCACAAAAGCAAUCUGACCUCACUUACUAAAGAUAAAACUAAAGGGCGGAAAGACAGAAAUAUUGUUAGAAAUAAGCAGAAAAUGAGGACAGAUACUGCAUAAUCCAGGCAAAGCAGGUUAUUUUUAAGCUUAUAAAAAUAUAUAUACUAUGACAGUAUGCAGAAGCACAACUAGGAGAUAUAUCACUGUCCAAAUACUUAUGGACUUUUCUGACCAAUUGAGAUUUUGUCAACAAAACAGUGGGCCUCCUCAUUUAUGAGUUCAAAGUCUGGCUGUGUUUAGGUAAAAGAAAGCCUUGUGUUUUUCUCAGGGGUGAUGUGAGUUCAUUUGGUUUCAUGGGCAGCAGGAAGGAGAUAACACCUUCAUAACGAAAUGGCUUCAGGCUUGUCAACACACAGCGAGACGUGCUUUACGAAUGUCAUGCCAAGCAUUCACUGUAUCGGAUGACUUUCAGGCCUCUGUGGAAUGAAGAUGGGGGUAUUAUUUUGUGUUGGAAGAUUAUUGGCUUUUUGAAACUCUAGAACUAAAUCUGGAAUACAUCUAUUGAUAAACUGAAAAUUAUAGAAUAAGAUUUUAAGAUGGCACAAUAAAAUACGAUUUUUCAACAAUGGCACAAAACAUAAAGAACAUGGAGCCUUCAUCUGGUCAUCCAGAGGAACAGUUUCUAUACAGACUGUUUACACAGUGAGGCCAUAAUCCAGUUCUGAAUUGAAUUGGAUCAUUUUUACAGCAGUGCUGAUUUGUGAACAGUAGAAGUUCUCUCCUCGGUUGACCCUUCCCUCCACUUGAAGAAAACAUGAACACCCCCACCCACACUCCAUGUGAAGGGUGAAUUGGCUGGGUGAUUGGGUCCUAUUGUCUGCAGUGUUAUGUGUUAGCCAGGUCAGUGAUAGCUCCCUUUGCUGUCUGCAAUAAUGGUGUGAAUGGGAUCUCCUCUGUGCUCUGCCUCUGUCCAUCCUCUGUCCAUUUGGCGUGGGGGUGGGUCAUUGACGCCUGUGGCUUUGUGUGCUGAUAGCCUGCUGCUUAUCCCUCCUCAGGGUUUUAGAGGGAAUGUCUGGCGAGUCCCAGCAGACCCACUCCUGUCAGUUCUACUUCUCACCAGUAAGAACUGGUGUUUUGUAAUGGGAGUAAUGGCUGUUGGAUAUGGAGGAUUGAGCUGUUCUUGACUUUAGUCAUCAUUAGUAAUCACUGCUGUUAUGCAGGGCUGGGUGUUGUGACUAAAAACGUAAUGUCUUUAUAUGUUUCAAAGAAAUGCCGAUACACAACAUAAUAUGAUAUGAUAUGAUAUAUUUUUUAACCUUAACAAAGUAUUAUGUUAAGGUAACCAAAUUUAUUUAUAACACCAUGAAUAAAAUAUUUUGGGUCAGUUACCCAGAAAGGGAUUAGACCUAGUCUUGAAAUGCACAGCAUUCUAAAUGGGCUUAAUCUUUAAGUGUUUCUCUGACUUUCUCUGAGUAAACUGCACUGGAUGAUGAAGUUUUUGAUGGUGAUAUAAUAAAAGUUGGAAUGCUGCUCCUUUAAUUUUCUUAAUUCCUUAAAUAUUUAUCUGACUUAAUUUAAGCAAAACAGUUUUUUUAUGAAUACAAACUGCAUUCACAUGGUAACCCAUGCAGCAGCCACAACAUUACAAUGUUACCAUUUUGCUUACAUCUUGUAUUAAAUGGUUUUCAAUAGCAGUCAAUCAGUAUUCACAUUAUAUCUCCAUAUCGCCCUAUUGUCAUGACAUAAUCUUGUGUUUUCAGAAUUGUAAUUUCAUAAGAGUGGGACAAACUUUCUCAAAUAAUUAUGGAGCAAUUCUAAUGGCCCAUUCAUCAUGAUAUGUUCACUAUAAAUAUACAGCUCUGAAAAAAAUAAUAAAGAGACCACUUCGGUUUCUGAAUCAGUUUCUCUGAUUUUGCUAUUUAUAGGUAUAUAUUUGAAUAAAAUGAACAUUGUUGUUUUAUUCUAUAAACUACAGAGAACAAAGAUGCAGAGCUUUGCAAAUAAUAUUCAUAAAGUUUUCAGAAAUCAAUAUUUGGUGGAAUAACCCUGGUUUUUAAUCACAGUUUUCAUGCAUCUUGGCAUGUUCUCCUCCACCAGUCUUGCACACUGCUUUUGGAUAACUUUAUGCCACUACUGGUGCAAAAAUUCAAGCAGUUCAGAUUGGUUUGAUGGCUUGUGAUCAUCCAUCCUCCUCUUGAUUAUAUAUAUUUAAGGAAUUUUAAGUCUCGUAUUUUUUUCAUAGCUGUAUUUGACUCCAAAUAACAUACACAUAAAAAAAACAAGAGGCAAACUUUGAUUUUUGACAUGACUGCAACAAAACACUGAAUGAACUGUAUGCAGUCGCCUUCACUUUUCCAGAGCAAAGUGUCUAAUUAGCCCACAAUUUCUGUAUAAGCUGCUUGGAUUCGUAUUCUAAAAAGGCUUCUUAGAGAUUAGGCCGGAUAUAGUUAGAAUGGCAGUGGUUUCUCUUUGAUGCUGCUGAUAAGUGAAGUGUAAACACCAGCGAGUGCCAGAUAACCCUGGUUUCAUCACCAGUUAAAGCACAUCAGCUGUGUCUGAGCAUGUAAGUGGAAUUAUAAUCAUUUUAUGAGAAUGGCAGCUGUAGAGGUGAAGGGAAUUAGACUCAGAGAGAAAGGGAGGUUAUUAGUGACAAUAGUGAGGAAGGAAACACUGAUUUGGGAAUAUGUUAAUGCAAAUUCAAUAUUAUUUUCAUGUGCACAAUUCUAAAAGAAAUAGGAUAUUUCCAGAGUUUUUUUUUUUAGUUCUUUUAAACUAAGUGUUUUGUUAUAGAACUAAAAAAAAGUCAUAAAACUCAUAAAGAAUAAUUUAAAUGCUGUGUAUAUCUGUGAGGACGAAUGGUCCUUUGCUAUAAUGGACAACCAAAUGUAUUUAUUUAUUUUAAAGA